AUGACGGUUCCUCCAAAGAUGGAUCUUACCUGUGUUGUACGUCGACAUGUUAAAGUACUGAGCAGGAGAAAAUAUAACUUCUCCGACGCUGUUUUCAACCCGCCACAAUUUGUCGACAUUUUCCCGGAUCCGCAAUUGACAUCUUUGUUUAAGAUCAAUACGGAUUGCGCUACGACCGAGGCCCACGGAGUUUUCCACAAGGAAGGUGGAUGGCCUCGCGAUGUCAACCCGCAAGAAGCCGAUCAAACGGCUCGCUACCGCAAAAAGAUCGAGAAGGAUGAAGCUUAUUUAUUCCCGUACUGUUCUACAACUUGGACAUAUCCAAAUCCUCUGCGAACCCUUCAUCUGCUAAAGGAUCCGUCACCGAUAAAACGCGCAGUCACUGGUCUUAGUUGGAGUCCCGAUGUGGGAACCAAAUUGGCCGCUGCUUAUUCAGAUCCUUUUUGGAAAAAUCUAGCUGUGCAACCAGAAAUAAUUUUACGCAGCAUGAGUCAACUACGUUCCGUCUCGUUCAAUCCGCGUGACCAACACAUUUUAGCUGGUGGAUCGAUUUAUGGCGCUGUGGGAAUUUGGGACGUUCGUAAGAGUCAAGGUCCAGUUGAAUGCGUCCCCAUUGGUGUCGGUCAUUCGGAAAGUGCCACUUCGCUUAUUUGGAGCAAUUCAAAGGCUGGAGUCCUGAGAAUUCUUCUCAGCCUCUGGCGACGGCCAAGUAAAAACACGAUAACAAAUCAUUUUGAUUAUUUCAUCUUGAUUAUAUGAUUAACAAUAAUAGGUUCUUUGGUGGGACAUGCGAAAAUUAAAUGCGCCAAUAGACGCACUUUUACUGGAACCUAGUUCAAUCCCUCGAUCGGAAAGCGCUUUAUCUGCUACUUGUCUCGAGUACGAUCCUUCUAUGCCAAACCGUGCCAAACAAAUUCCUAGUUGGCACACGUCAAGGUAUUGUGAUGAAUUGCAACAGAAGAGCCCGAACAACAGCGGAGAGGAUAAAUGGAUAAUGUGCCAAUACGAGGCACACUUGGGCCCAGUUCACGGUCUACAUCGACACCUACAUCUGCCCAAAAUCUUUUUGACCGUUUUGGAUUGGACCACGAAUGUUAGGACCGAGGACAUUCGCGAUUCGCCCAUUUUAACUUUAAAGUGUGUUC